AUGGCAGACCUGAAUUUGAACUCUGUGGUGAAGCUUUCAUCAGGCUACACGCUACCUUUACUCGGCUUUGGAGUCUAUAGAAAUGACGAUGCUACGCCCUCCGUUCUGGAAGCCUUCAAAGCUGGUUAUCGACAUAUUGACUCCGCUCAGAUGUAUCGUAACGAGGAGCAAGUCGGUAACGCCCUACGUCAGUCAGGGCUAUCCAGAGGCGAGGUCUUUAUCACGUCGAAGGUUGCAAGCAAAGACCACGGGUACGAAAGAGUGCUGGCUUCGAUAGAUGGCUCGCUCAAGUCAUUUGGCUUCGACUACAUCGAUCUAUUCCUGAUCCACGACCCGCUGUCAGGAAAAGAGAAGCGUUUGGCGACCUGGAAAGCGAUCCUGGAAGCCAGAGACGCCGGUAAGAUCAGGACGGUUGGGGUAUCAAAUUUUUCUGCCAAACAUUUGGAGGAGAUUCGGGACGCUGGGAUGGAGAUGCCUGCAGUAAACCAAAUUGAGUUGCAACCGUUCUGCCAGCAGAAGCCCAUCGUCGAAUAUUGCCGCAAAAAUGGGAUUGUAGUGGAAGCGUACUGCCCAGUUAUCCGUGGCGAAAUGAAUCACGAAGUUAUCCAGUCCAUCGCAAAGAAGUACUCUCGGGACCCAGGCCAGAUUCUGAUAAGGUGGUCCCUCCAGCACGGAUUCGUGCCCCUGCCAAAAAGCGCUACCCCGAAGCGGAUCCACUCCAACGCACAAGUGUUUGACUUCACAUUGGCCGAUGAAGACAUGAGAGCACUUGACGAACUUGAUCGUGGCGCGGACGGUGCGGUCAGCUGGAAUCCAGUUGGAGGGGAUUAG